AUGAGGCUUCUUCUCAUCUUUGCCCUCUGGGCAACCUUUCUGCAGCAGCUAAUUACAUGCGACGACUUCAAAGGAUUCACUAUUCAAGCAGAAUACUAUAGAUCGAUAUCAAAGGAUGCUUGGAAUAUCUAUUACAAAGACUACAAAGGUGGCAAAGAUCCAGUAGUAGUGGCCGACGUCAGCAAAUGGCCCAGCACUCUCACCGUUUUACAUGAAAUGGAGCAAAGCCACUGGGACCGUAACAAGGACAAAGCACUCACACUCGACGAAAUGCUUGCAUGGUUAUGGGAUUUGAAGGGAUCCAAGAAGACGCCGCCUUCAAAGCUCUAUUAUAAGGAUGCCAAUCGAAAAGGCACCAUUCAAGCAGCUACUAAAGCACGGGAGCUGCGAAAGAAGAAGAAUUCAUCCUUUGAGAUUAGGCUGAAACAGCCGGAACACAAAGAGGCAUGGGACGUUAUGAUGAAAAGCAGAUAUGGGGAGGUUGCCCAUGAUUUUGCUGAACAUUAUGGCAUACACGUUUCGUCAAUCUCAUUCGAAAGGAAAGAGACUCCAGGUUUUGAAGAUAUUACCUUUUACUUUAAGGAGGGGUGUAAAUCCUGCGGGGGUGAACAUACCCCCCAAAAGAAAAAGGCGCCUAAGUAG